UGAGGAAUGGGCCAGACCCGGCCAUUUCUCAAGAACACUAGCUAAGGGCCCUGAUACUACCACUUGGAUCUGGAACCUACAUGCUGAUGCUCACGAUUUCGAUAGUCAUACUGGUGAUUUGGAGGAGAUUUCUCGAAAAGUCUUUAGUGCUCAUUUCGGGCAACUUUCCAUUAUCUUUCUUUGGUUGAGUGGCAUGUACUUUCAUGGCGCCCGUUUUUCCAAUUAUGAAGCAUGGCUAAGUGAUCCUACUCACAUUGGACCCAGUGCUCAGGUAGUUUGGCCUAUAGUAGGGCAAGAAAUAUUGAAUGGUGAUGUAGGCGGGGGUUUCCGAGGAAUCCAAAUAACCUCUGGUUUUUUUAGCUUUGGCGAGCAUCUGGAAUAACUAGUGAAUUACAACUCUAUUGUACUGCAAUUGGUGCAUUGAUUUUUGCAGCGUUAAUGCUUUUUGCUGGUUGGUUCCAUUAUCACAAAGCCGCACCCAAAUUGGCCUGGUUCCAAGAUGUAGAAUCCAUGUUGAAUCACCACUUAGCGGGAUUAUUAGGACUUGGGCCGUGGUUAUUGGCAAGAACUCAUUGAAUCUAUCAUUUGGGCUCAUAACAAAUUAAAAGUUGCUCCUACUACUCAGCCUAGAGCCUUGAGCAUUAUACAAGGACGCGCUGUAGGAGUAACCCAUUACCUUCUGGGUGGAAUUGCCACGACAUGGGCAUUCUUCUUAGCGAGAAUUAUUGCAGUAGGAUAG